CCAGCGCAUGAUUUGAAAUCGACGAAACGCUUCUUGUGCAAGAAACAGUUUUAAUUAUAAAUCAAAAAAUAUAAAAAACAAAACAUUCGCCGUGCAACUUUAAAAUAAUUAUUAAAUAUCCUAGUCAUGCGACGUUUAAUCAUUUGGCUUUUUAUAGCCAUUUUUGCUUCCAGUGUCACUGAGCAAAUAGGAGCGAACAAUAUUGGUGCAAAACAAAUAAUGAAUUCCGCCGCACAAAUUGCCGGAAACAAUAAUGCCGUGAGCAGUUUAUUGAAUGUCAACCCUCAAGCAGGUGUGGCUGUCAACGCCUUGAAUACUGUGACCCAAACUGCCAGUGGUAUAGCCGGUGCAGGUAGUGGAAAUAAUAUUGGCUCAAGCCAAGUUGCUAACACUGGCGCACUUAUCAGAGGCAGCGGCAACACCGUCAGCAGUUUACUCAAUGUGAAUCCGCAAGUGAAUGCGGAUGUCAAUGCUUUGAAUGCUGUCAAGCAACAAGCCACCGCAGCAGUCGGUGGUGAAGUUCAGGGUGAUCGUGUAUUAGCUGGAAAUAGUAUUGGAGGCAAACAAAUACAAUCGACUGGCUCUCGCAUUGUGGGUGAUGGCAACACUGUUUCGAGUUUGGCCAAUGUUAACCCACAAGUGAAUGCUGGCGUAAAUCUACUCAACUCGGUUACACAAACGGUCUCGGGCGCAACUGGUGUACGAAGCUCUGGAGGAAGUGGCGGACCCUUAGGUGGCGUAGUUGGCGGCAUCGGUAGUGCUGCAAAUAACAUAGGUGGCAAGCAAGUCAUGGACGCCGGUACUAGUAUUCUUGGCAAUAAGAACCAGGUAUUUAGUUUGCUGAACGUCAAUCCGCAAGUAAAUGCGGAUGUUAAUGCCUUGAACAAUGUAAAGCAGACGGGAACUGCUGUAUCGGCAGUUGGCACGGGCACACGGGCUGAUGCAGUCAGUGGUGGACGAGCCGAUGUUGCUGGUUUAGGCACUAAUAAUAUCGGUGGCAGUCAAGCUCAACAAACCGGCGCUCGCAUUGUUGGUGAUGGCAACACCGUUUCGAGUCUCGCUAAUGUCAAUCCACAAGUGAAUGCUGGCGUAAAUCUACUCAACUCGGUUACACAAACGGUUUCAGGCGCAGCUGCCGGAGGAGGGUCAGGAGGUAGUGGCGGACUCUUAGGUGGCGUACUUGGUGGCCUCGGUGGUGCUGCAAAUAACAUAGGCGGCAAACAAGUCAUGGAUGCUGGCAAUAGCAUAUUGGGUAAUAAUAACCGGGUGUCGAGUUUAUUGAAUCUUAAUCCACAAGUGAAUGCUGAUGUGAACGCGUUAAACUCCGUUACACAGCAAGCAACUGGUAGUACAGGCAACGCUGGAGGGGUGGGCGGUGUCACUGGUGCAAGAUUGGGCACUGGUUCGAGAGCGGUAGGUUCGAACCGCGCUGGAAAUAAUAUUGGCGGCAGCCAAGCUCAAUCCACAGGCGCACAUAUCAUUGGUGAUGGCAACACCGUUUCGAGUCUCGCUAAUGUCAAUCCACAAGUGAAUGCUGGCGUAAAUCUACUCAACUCGGUUACACAAACGGUUUCAGGCGCAUCUGGCGGACGAACCUCAGGAGGUAGCGGCGGACUCUUAGGGGGCGUACUUGGUGGCCUCGGUGGUGCUGCUAAUAACAUAGGCGGAAAGCAAGUCAUGGAUGCUGGCACUAGUAUAAUGGGUAAUAAUAACCGGGUGUCGAGUUUAUUAAAUCUUAAUCCACAAGUGAAUGCUGAUGUGAACGCGUUAAACUCCGUUACACAGCAAGCAACUGGUAGUACAGGCAACGCUGGAGGGGUGGGCGGUGUCACUGGUGCAAGAUUGGGCACUGGUUCGGGAGCGAUAGGUUCGAGACGCGCUGGAAAUAAUAUUGGCGGCAGCCAAGCUCAAUCCACAGGCGCACGUAUCGUUGGUGAUGGUAACACCGUUUCGAGUCUCGCUAAUGUCAAUCCACAAGUAAAUGCUGGCGUAAAUCUACUCAACUCGGUUACACAAACCGUUUCCGGUGCGACAGGUGGUGGCAGCUCCGAUGGCGGUUUAUUGGGCGGCUUACUAGGCGGCUUGGGUGGUGCCGCCAACAAUAUCGGUGGGCGACAAGUCAUGGACGCAGGCACUACAAUUAUGGGCAGUGGAAAUCAAGUUUCAAGCCUAUUGAAUGUUAACCCGCAAGUGAAUGCCGACGUGAAUGCUUUAAAUGUGGUCAAUCAACAAACUGUUGGUGCAGAUAGAUCUUCCACAGGCGGCGGCGCUUCUGCAAUUGGCGGACGAUCUAUGCCUGGACAACAAGGAGGACAAGGAACCGCAGUAGCUUCCAGCAAUAAUAUCGGUGGCCGUCAAAGACAGAACAGCGGCACGGCAAUACAAGGCUCAGACAACGAGGUGUUCACACUGGCUGAUGUAGCACCACAAUUAGAUCUCAACAUUGACUUACUCAACGCGGUGACACAAACCGGUGCAGGCGGCAAGCAAAACGUAGUAAACGAUGCCACCGUCAUACGCGGAGAUAACAACAAGGUCAGCUCUUUGGCCAAUGUCAAGCCCCAGAUUGGCGUCAAUCUUCAAUUGCUCAAUCAAGUAGAGCAGCUGACAGGUCUUGUUGGCGAUGUCCUAGAGGAUCCCAGUAGUGUUACGAAUAUUCUGCGACCUGGUGCUGAAGGUGAAUUGGAUUGUGAGGACAAUAAUAUUGGCAAUGUGCAAGAGCGUAUUUCUGGCACCAAUAUUGUUGGCAAUAAUAAUGACGUUUUCACCGGUGUUGAUGUGAGCCCUCAGAUCAAUGCUGAUCUUAAUAUUUUAAACAGUGUAAGGCAGCGGGUCCGUUGCAGACCGAGAAUAGUGACAACAACGUUACCUCCGACCCUACCUCCAACUGUGCCAACUACAAUUCCUCCACCUACUCCCCCACCAACUCUACCUCCGACAUUACCUCCUACUUUGCCACCGACUUUACCUCCUACAUUGCCACCGACUUUACCUCCUACCUUGCCGCCCACACUUCCACCGACUUUACCUCCUACUUUGCCACCCACACUUCCACCGACUUUACCACCUACACUGCCACCUACUCCUCCGACAUAUCCUCCUUUUCCACCUUACCCUACAUACCCACCUUAUCCGCCAUACCAUGAGUAUCCCACGUAUCCAUCACCGAUUCUCCCAUAUUCAUCUCACGUUCACAGAAAUCUUCCAGUACAGCCGCCAAAGCCCGUCGCACAAUAUCCAUCAGGUUCACCAACUAAUUGCUUUGAGAUAACCGAUUUUGAUUUGAAUGGAACGAAAGCAAAGUCACGCAUAGUUUGCGUGCCUAUGCCGGUGGGUUCGCCGAAUAAUUCAGAAAGACAUAUUCACUUAUCUCCAGCUGCACCUCUUGGUCCACCAACACUGUCAUAUAGACCCAGACGACGUUGCUAUCGUCGCCGGUGCAGCAAAUGGAAGACUUCACCCGAAAAGUAUCAAUGCAGUGAUGUUAGCUGUCAUCAGGCAGUUCCAGUUCCAGUAACUACGCCAGCUCCCAUGCCCGUUCGACCAGCACCAACUCAGAAACGCCCAGGGAACUACAUACAAAAUGAAGCACCCCUUCAAGUUGCGUUUGAACAUUACCUUUCUUAAGUGGUUGAAUAAUGCUUUUGAGAAAUAAAUACUAGAUAUAUA